AUGGUUUUCAACACCGAACUGACACGCCGACUCGGCAUCAAGGUUCCCGUCGUCCAGGGUGGCAUGCAGUGGGUGGGAUACGCCGAAUUAGCAUCUGCUGUAUCGAACGCAGGAGGUCUGGGUAUCCUCACGGCUCUUACCCAACCUACCCCCGAAGAUCUGCGCAAGGAGAUCCGGAAAUGCAGAACCAUGACCAAGAACCCAUUCGCCGUCAACAUCACCCUCCUGCCCACGAUGAAUGCUCCUCCCUAUGGCGAGUACGCUCAAGUCUGCAUCGAUGAGGGCAUCAAGGUGGUGGAGACAGCAGGCAACUCGCCUGGUCCGGUCAUCAAGCUGCUGAAAGGCGCCGGCAUCAUCAUCCUCCACAAAUGCACGACCAUUAGACACGCACAGUCGGCUGUGAAGCUGGGGGUGGACUUCCUAUCAAUUGACGGCUUCGAGUGUGCUGGCCAUGUGGGUGAAUCAGAUAUCACCAACUUCAUCCUGCUGUCAAGAGCAAGACAAUCACUGGGAGCACCUUUCAUUGCUUCUGGCGGGUUUGCGGAUGGCCAGGGACUGGCUGCUGCCCUUGCCCUCGGCGCCGAAGGUAUCAAUAUGGGCACCCGGUUUAUGUGCACCAUCGAAGCCCCAAUCCAUAUCAACAUCAAGCAGGCGAUUGUGGAUGCCUCGGAACAUGACACCGAGCUUGUUUUGAGAAGAUGGAGGAAUACUUCCAGACUGUUCAAGAACAAGGUUGCGCAAGAGGCCGUCGCGAUCGAGAAGAGCAGCACAAGCGGUAAAUUCGAAGAGGUGGCGCCAUUCGUAUCUGGAAAGCGUGGGCGAGAGGUCUUCAUCAACGGAGACAAGGACUAUGGCGUCUGGACGGCUGGCCAAGUCAUCGGCUUGAUCCAUGACAUUCCCUCGUGCCAGGAGCUUCUGUCGAGAAUUGAGAAGGAGGCCAUCGAAGCCAUCGAAAGGAGUCGGAAGUUCUAUCAACCUUCCAGUAAACUAUGA